AGGGUCCAUACCUGUGUCCAACACUCUGAUCUGACAGAGGGUCGAGGAAAUGGGGGUUUUACAUUUGCUGGCGUUUGUGCUGAUUGGGAACAGAUUGGGUCCUACCCGGAUUUUAGCCAAGGCCCAGGCUAGUGAGCGACGAGUUUUGGCCCACAUUCCUGGAGACAUUAUCAUCGGGGCACUUUUCUCCGUCCACCAUCAGCCACCAGCCGAUAAGGUCCACGAGCGCAAGUGUGGCGCCGUUCGAGAGCAGUAUGGCAUCCAGCGGGUGGAGGCCAUGAUGCACACCCUGGACCGCAUCAACGCAGACCCGCUCAUCCUGCCUAACAUCACCCUAGGCUGCGAAAUCCGAGACUCCUGCUGGCAUUCGGCUGUGGCUCUGGAGCAGAGCAUUGAAUUCAUCCGGGACACUCUGGUCUCAGCCGAGGAGGAGGAAGGCAUGGCUAAAUGUUCCACUGAAGGCGGAGGGACUCCCAUGAAAGGGAAGAAGCCCAUUGUGGGUCUGAUCGGGCCUGGAUCCAGCUCUGUGGCCAUCCAGGUGCAAAAUCUCCUGCAGCUCUUCAACAUUCCCCAGAUCGCGUAUUCGGCGACCAGCAUGGAUCUCAGCGAUAAGUCUUUGUAUAAGUACUUCAUGAGAGUGGUGCCCUCUGAUGCCCAACAGGCCCGAGCAAUGGUAGACAUCGUCAAAAGAUACAACUGGACCUACGUUUCUGCCAUUCACACUGAAGGGAAUUAUGGAGAGAGUGGAAUGGAGGCCUUCAAAGACAUGGCAGCGAAGGAGGGCAUCUGCAUUGCCCACUCCGACAAGAUCUACAGUAAUGCUGGAGAGCAGAAUUUUGACCGUCUCCUCGAUAAACUGAGGAGUCACCUACCCAAAGCCCGUGUGGUGGCAUGUUUCUGCGAGGGGAUGACCGUACGGGGCAUCCUUAUGGCCAUGAGACGCCGCCGCCUGGUUGGAGAGUUCCUGUUGGUUGGCAGUGAUGGUUGGGCCGACCGCUAUGAUGUCACUGAUGGCUUCCAGAGGGAGGCAGCAGGGGGAAUCACUAUCAAACUGCAGUCUGCUUAUGUCACGUGGUUUGAUGAUUACUACCUGAACCUGCAGCCAGACACAAACAUGCGCAACCCCUGGUUCCCAGAGUUCUGGCAGCAUCGCUUCCAGUGCCGGCUGAAAGGUCAUCCUCAGGAGAGUGUUAAAUACAACAAAACCUGCACCAAGAAAGAGUCUCUUCGACACCAGUACGCUCAGGACACAAAGAUGGGUUUUGUGAUCAAUGCCAUCUACUCAAUGGCUUUCGGCCUCCACGCCAUGCAGAAGUCCCUGUGUCCUGGCUAUGCAGGUCUUUGUGAAGCCAUGCGGCCGAUUGAUGGAGGUAAACUCUUAGAAUUCCUCAUGAGGACAAACUUCAGCGGCGUCUCAGGCGAAGUGGUGCUGUUUGAUGAAAACGGAGACUCCCCGGGGAGGUAUGAAAUCAUGAACUUUAAACAGAUGAGUGAAGAAGACUACAGCUACAUCCACGUGGGCAGCUGGGACAACAGAGGGCUGAAGAUGGAUGAUGAGGAGAUUUGGGCCAACAGCAGUGCCAUCAUCAGAUCAGUGUGCAGCGAUCCUUGCGAAAAAGCUCAGAUAAAGGUUAUCCGUAAAGGAGAGGUGAGCUGCUGCUGGACCUGCACUCCAUGUAAAGAAAACGAGUUUGUGUUUGACGAAUACACCUGCCGAGCAUGUGAGCUUGGAUCCUGGCCUACAGACGACCUUACAGGCUGUGAGCGAAUCCCAGUGCAGUACCUUCAGUGGGGAGACCCUGAGCCUAUUGCCGCUGUGGUCUUUGCCUGCCUUGGCCUGCUCGCCACCAUCUUCGUCACCUUGGUCUUCGUCAGGUUCCACGACACACCGGUGGUGAAAUCCUCCAGCAGAGAGCUGUGCUUCAUCAUCCUGGCUGGCAUCUGUUUGGGCUAUCUGUGUACCUUCUGCCUCAUUGCCAAACCACACGUUGCCUACUGUUACUUGCAGAGGCUGGGCAUCGGGCUCUCGCCGGCCAUGAGCUACUCGGCCCUGGUCACCAAAACCAACCGCAUCGCCCGCAUCCUCGCUGGCAGCAAGAAGAAGAUCUGCACCAAGAAGCCUCGUUUCAUGAGCGCCUGCGCUCAGCUGGUCAUCGCCUUCAUCCUGAUCUUGAUUCAGCUGGGCAUCAUCGUGGCACUCUUCAUCAUGGAGCCACCACAGGUGAUCUACGACUAUCCAUCCAUCCGCGAGGUGCACCUCAUCUGCAAUACCACAACCCUCGGGGUGGUGGCGCCGCUGGGCUAUAAUGGACUGCUUAUCCUGAGCUGCACCUUCUACGCCUUCAAGACCCGCAACGUCCCCGCCAAUUUUAAUGAAGCCAAAUACAUCGCUUUCACCAUGUACACCACCUGCAUUAUCUGGCUGGCGUUCGUGCCAAUUUAUUUCGGUUCAAACUACAAGAUAAUCACCAUGUGCUUCUCUGUUAGCCUCAGCGCCACCACUGCGCUGUGCUGCAUGUUUGUGCCCAAAGUCUACAUCAUGCUGGCCAAGCCUGAGAGGAACGUACGCAGCGCUUUCACCACAUCUACAGUUGUGAGGAUGCACGUGGGUGAUGGGAAAUCUGCCUCGGCCGCUAGCCGCUCUAGCAGUUUGGCUAACCUGUUCAGACGGCGACCCUCUGGCACAGACACGGUCAGUUCCAAUGGCAAAACAGUGACCUGGGCACAGAACGAGAGAAGCUAUCGACCCAACCUUUGGAAACGGAUCUCAAUCCACAUCAAGAAAAAAGAAGAAGCCAACCAGACGGCCAUUAUCAAACCUUUCUCAAAGGGCUGCGAUCGACCGCCAGACGCGGGAGUGAAACUAUCAUACGACGGCUCCCAGAAAAACCAACGCUACCCCGUAACCUACCGGCCUCGAACACCAUCACCACUGCCAACCAUUUGCCAGCGUCCUUCGAUGAAAAGAUGCGACGUGGAAGAUGGUGAACGUGCGCAAGUAGUAGCCAUACCUUCAUACCUAACUGAACGCUUACAACACCAACCGUCCUCCAUCAUGGAUCAAAUCAGCUGCGUGGUCAGUCAAUUCACAGCCAACAUCACUGAACUCAACAGCAUGAUGCUUCCCGGUUCACCACCAGGAACAGCCGUCAACACCACUGCCACCUCCGCCAACCCCCCAAGACCCUGUUCACCAUCCUACCGCCUCCACCAGCAGGAAAGACCACAUCCUACCACCGUCACCACAUACGCAGAUGUUGUGGCCGCAGCAAACACCACCCCUCGUUCCGCAGUUGGCAUCGCCGGUGGCAUCAUAGCCGGCGGGAGCAGCCGAGCUUCACCCGCCAGCCUUUUUGACAGCACCUACGACUCCUCGUGUGCAGUCAGGACCACUGAUUUCGAGGACUUGGGCGCCUUGACACCACCUUCACCGUUCAGAGACUCCUCUGUUGACUCAAUCAGCGAGUCUCCAACGUCGCCAGCUUCCGAGCUGCCAUUGUGUGAGCCCUGCUCCCCCAUAUACGACCAGCUGAUGCUGCGCCACUACAGCCAGAGCUCGUCUUCGCUCUGAGAGCUUUUCUGGAGACCAAGAGGCAGCUGCUUAGAUCGCAAAAUCCUGCUGUAAAUGUCAAGGAGUGUAAACUCUUAAUAUAGAAGCACUCGCCGAGGACAUUUUUAUGGUGCUUGGAAUCCGGCCCGUCCUCAAAAAUCCCAAUCUGCGCAAGGCACUCCACCAAACGGCUUCUCAGAUAAUUAGGGAUGUACUUGAUACUCAAGAGCGCUCUGACUAACUUUUACGAUCCUUCUUGGCAAGAUGAUGGUCAAGCUGGAAGAUUUAAUAACAUUCCAACGACGUCAAUCCGGAGAGGUGUGUAAAAUAACCAAUAGCUAAACUCCUGAUGUAACCACAGGUGAUGUCAUUUCCUCUCUCCUGUUGCCUGAACGUCGUGCACGAUUCUUUGUAGAAGUGCAAACGUUUGAAUGUAGGACCAAAUUGAGCCUUCGAGCGCAAAGUAGUUUGUUUAAAUAUUGGUCAUUUUUGUUUUGUUUUUUUCUAGCUUAGAGGUUGCAUGUUGUGCCACUUCAUUUAACUUAUAAAAAUGAUAUUUAUUAUAUUUUUCAUAAUAAAUCUAAUAGAAGUGAUGUAAGGGAAGGUUUAUUUAGAUACUAAAGAAAUCAGACACUUUAACGUAGGCUGUGCGUCUUUCAGAUGGAUGAAUUUAUUGAUUUCUAUCAACAUGUCCCAGUUUUUCUUUAUUCAUUUCAAAUAUGAAGUUUGAGUAAAAGAUGUACAUGUUUUCAACACUACCAUUCAAAGGUUUGGGGUCAGAAAAAUGUCACUUAUGAGAAUUAAAUACUUUUAUGCAGUGAGGAUACAUUAAAUUGAUCAUUUUAUUUUGCUACUGUAAACUUCUGUGGUAAAAACAUGUUUCAAAUAAAUGCUGCUGUUUUGAUCCUUCAGUUCAUUAAAAUCCUAAUAAUGAAAUUAAACAGCACAGCUUCAGGAUUAAUAAUAAACUAUUCUAUAUAGUUUAAAUUACGGUUUUUAAAGGAUCAUGUAACUAAAGACUUCAAUUUGAAAUAAACUUUGUCAUCAAACAAAUAAAUGGUGAUAAAAAGGGUAAUAACAUUUCUUUGUAUUCAUCAAAUAAGUGCAGCUUUGGUGAGCAUAAGUACAGUGGCCGAGAGAACCUAACCUGCUGCGAUUUAAGAAAACACGUGCAAUUACAAAAACGCCAGCGAAUUCAGAAAGAAUCUUCAUCAGUUUGAGAGCACACAUGCUGCAAAUCCUCACAACGCAUACAUUAUAAAACAUGCUGCAUUUUCCCACAACGCAAACAAUUUAAUGAAGUGCACUGCAUUUUCUCAUCAUGCAAACAAUUUAAUCAAGCGCACUGCAUUUUCUCACAAUGUAAACAAUUUAAUGAAGCGCACUGCAUUUUCUCACAAUGUAAACAAUUUAAUCAAGCGCACUGCAUUUUCUCACAAUGUAAACAAUUUAAUCAAGCGCACUGCAUUUUCUCACAAUGUAAACAAUUUAAUCAAGCGCGCUGCAUUUUCUCACAAUGCAAACAAUUUAAUGAAGCGCGCUGCAUUUUCCCACACCUCAAAAAAAUUAAUAAAGCGCACUGCAUUUUCCCCCAACGUAAACAAUUUAAUGAAGCGCACUGCAUUAUCUCACAAUGUAAACAAUUUACGAAAACACUCUGCAUUUUCCCACAACGCAAACAAAUUAAUGAAACACUCUGUAUUUUCUCACAGAGUAAACAAUUUACAAAAAUGUGCUGCAUUUUCCCACAACGCAAACAAUUUAAUGAAACGCACUGCAUUUUCUCACAAUGUAAACAAUUUAUGAAAACACACUGCAUUUUCUCCCAAUGCAAACAAUUUACGAAAACGUGCUGCGUUUUCCCAAUACGUGCUGCGUUUUCCCAAAACGCAAACAUAUUAAUUGCAAAAACAUCAGAACACAACGGAAAUGUUUCAAGGGGACCCAAAAACAUGACGGAUGCCACUGUGCUGAGACUAUUGCUCAGUGAAAUUGUAGGUGAUGUGUGAAAGGUGUGUUUAUUUGUUUGUUUAUUUUAACAUCCUGAUUCCAUUGACUUUUAUAUUUUAUUAGUCAAAAUAACCACAACCUAAAUAGCCAGGUCCGUCAUGUAUUAGGGUAUACCCUUGAAUUAUUUCCAUUGUGCUCCGCGCUAUUUGAAAGUGUCGUGAGUAAAUGCAGAGCGUUUUUGUAAUUUGUUUGCAUUGUGAGAAAAUGCGACGUAUUUUUUAAAAAACGUGUUUGCAUUGUGAGAUUUAAAAUGGAUGAAGAUCUUUUCCUGAAGUUUCUGCUGUUUUUGUAAUUGCAAGUAUUUUCUUAAAUUGCAGCAUGUUAAGCUCUCUCAGCCACCGUACACAAGAACUUUAAUUCGAAAACAUUUCAAACACAUACCAGCCCCAAACUUUUGAUCAGUAAUGUAGGUUAACUAGUGAUUUUUACAUGAAGCAAUAUAGGCCUUUUAAUCUAAAUGAAUCCACUCAGGCUUUUGUUUCAAAUACAUACAGUAGAUGAGCCAAAAACAAAACAACUCCCAUUGUCAUUACACUGUGGACAUGAUUCUUAAACACAGGGCAUUAAUUACAGUCUUUGUUGAUAAACCCACAUAAAAUCUCCCAUUAAAGUUAAGCCUUUUCUAUGAACUUUAUGAACUAGUUUAAGUUGAAACGCUCUGAUGUAGUAGGAACGCACAUUGUACCUACUGUACCAACAGACAUCUAUUCUUUCAAUCAAUGUGCAAUAUUCUUCUUGAAUAGGUGUAAUGUAAUACGGUCACGUUUGCAUGUGGACCAGUGCCAUUAGCUGAAAUAAGUGCUUAAAUGUUCUUUUGAGAACUUUUGUACAUUUUCUAAAAGUCUUUUGCAUUUUUCGCUCUUUUGCCUUUGAUGACAAGACGUUCAUAGAAUGUAGAUUUUGGCUGUGUGUGAUGUAUUUUUUUACUAACUAUUUGUGCUCAGUGGAUAUGAUGGUCAUAGUGGAUUAAGCUUUGUGACAGUGGAACGAAUGUAGCUUGCGAUGUUUAUGUUACUUUGAGGUUUCAUUUAUGGCGUGGAUAAGUCUUUUUUUAUUACUCUUCAAAGCGUGUAAAGAAUAUUGGUUUUACCUGAGUGUUA